AGACGAAAUCCACAGACAUGAUACAACUCUCCAGGCCCCCAACAUCCUUGGAAACACAACGCCUCUUUUUCUUCAAAGAAACCUCCAUCUUCUCACUCCCCUUAAUCCAAAACCCAUCAAGGGAAACUAAAAUUCAUGGCUAAUUCUCAUCUGGGUAUCACUCUUUUAUCUCUAAUUCUCUUCUUUUCUCUCUCAAAAACCACUCUUUCACAAGACCCUCCUCGUUCGGUCUUUGAAAUCUUGCCAAAAUUUGGCCUCCCAAGUGGUCUAUUACCUAACACAGUUAAAAGUUACAGCCUUUCUGAUGAUGGUAACUUUACUGUCUAUCUAGAGAAGGAAUGUUAUGUUGAAUUUGAUUACUUGGUCUAUUAUGAGAAGAAAAUAACUGGGAAAUUGGGUUACGGGUCUAUCACAGAUUUGAAGGGGAUUCAGGUUCAAAAGUUCUUUCUUUGGCUCGAUGUUGAUGAGAUCAAGGUUGAUUUACCACCGUCUGAUUCGAUUUAUUUUCAAGUUGGGUGGAUUAAUAAGAAGCUUGAUGCUGAUCAGUUUAAGACCGUACAUUCUUGCCGUGCUGGUGUCUCCUCUGGGUCUUGUCGUGGACUGUGGAAGCAGUUUCUCGAGCUCCCAGCUCCAGAUGACGACGUUCAGAUGCUCCUCACCGAGUAGAUACAACCAGCCCUUCUGCUGUAUGGAAAUGUAGCUGAGGGAGCUCGAUAUCCAAGUAAUUAGCGUUCUAGUUUUAGUGUUUUAUCUCUCAACUCACAACCUUGAGUCUGGCAGAGUCUUAUGUAAACUAGCUGUGGAGUAUCCCUCCUCUUAUUGAGCUUUAUGAACAUCAAUAAGAAGAGAAUGUUGUAUGUAUAUAUGUACCUGGACAAGUACCAAAUGUAACAUCAAGUGUCUGAACCGUGCCUAUUGGAAGUAGUAAGAAGGAACUACUUUAGAUUA